AAUAUGCAACAUGCAACACACCGAACACGCGAAAAACCUAAAAAGUCUGUUAAACACCUGUCCGCAAUUGAUUUAGAUUUAUGAAGCUAAAUGAUAUCCAGGCACGCCAAGAACUGUUGCAUUCGUCAUGCAACAGUUGGUCUGGGGAAAUUCCUCAGGUAACAAAAUUUACAUUUAUCAUUUGCACUUGCUAUAAUUUCUCACCCCUGAUUAUGGAAUCUUCAAGCGCAGGCGCAAUCAACACGUGGUUGUUAAAAAUAGAGGCACUUGUUGCUACGCCAGCAACACGGUGCAUAACCGAGGCCAAAAAGCAACAGAUAAUUGCAUGACUUCCGGUAGUAAAAGUUUUUCUAUUUCCAGCAGAGAUUGGACAAGGCCUAGGUCGCGGAAUGUGUCUCGUGCUUUGGGUGUUGGUUCACUGAACUUGAGGCCCGAAACCAAAACCGCACCACAUUUAUGCAAGCAGUCAGCCAAGCCUGAAAAUCAAUAAGCUUAUAAACUGAAUCCAGAGUCGGUUGCCACAACCAGUUGAUUGGCAACCAUGUGGCAGUUGGCAUUGGGACUGGGUCUAAUCCAGCAGCUGAGCCUUGCCAUCGUGGUGGAGCGCAAUAUGUUUGCCUACUACAAGGUGCCGGCAGCCCAGCUACUUUACUCCCAAGACUUGGAUACGGAUUUUGACUCACCAUCCCAGGAGAUCAGCAAUCUUGAUGGUGGUCAGGUCAGCGAUCUCUACUAUGUGCUACAGUGUCCACCAAAGCUGGACGACGGGAUACCCAAGCCGCAGGACAUGCAAACCUGCAGUGUGGUGGACCAGUACCGGGGUAUGUCGGAAAAGAAGAAACCGAAGCCCAAGAAGCGCUACCACAUGGUUCCCUUCCGGAUAGUGCUGCGUCCAUUGGGGCCACCAGCCAUGAGACGUAGUCAUAAGCGUCUUAAACGCCAGCACAGGGAUCACAAGAAUCCAGAUCAGGAUGUCCCCAAAGUGGAGAAGAAAGAGGUGACCAGUCCGCUGCAGUACCUGGGACGCCCUCACAAACGCCAGAAGCUCCUCAAACUAGCCGCCGAUCAUCGCAAGUUCAAGCGAGGCAGCAGUUCCAAGGGUCACCAUCACAUGUACCACCGCGAUGAGACCUACAACGACCACAUCUUCUACGACGAACUGCAGACCGACGGAGAGUUCCACAAGCUAGGCAAAGGGAAAUCUAAAUAAAUGCUAAUUUAUUGGCCAGGAUAUUAGCAAGCUUUGCAUGAACUGAAACUAUUCAUCAAGACGAGUUCUCACACUCUUGAAAUAAAUCAUAAGAAUUAAAAUAGC